AUGGUUGGAACGGAGGAGCAGGCACCAUUACCUUCACAAAACGGGACUGUCGGCCAUUACGAAAAGGGCAGUGCAAAAGCACUCCCACCUUCAGAAUAUUCAAGUGAUGACAGAGUUUCUACGAUAUCCGAGAAGAGAACUAUAAUUGAACCGGCUGUAUUUCUAAUAUAUAUUUCCACAACAAUUGCUGGGGCCGUCUUGCAAAAUCAACUACUUUUUCAAACCUGCGUCGCUGUUUACGACUACGAUAAAGAUGUUUGUGAGCCACUGCUGGGAGUUAAAGCGAAAAAUGAUGAUGCGAUUGCUAUUGAAACGAAAGUGCAGCCCUAUGUGGCCCGUAUUAUUAUGACGAAUUCAUUGAUCAGCAGUAUUUUACCAGCAUUUCUUAGCUUGUUUAUUGGACCUUGGUCUGAUAAAUUUGGACGCCGACCCAUACUUAUAGCAACUUAUGGCGCGGCAUUGUGCGGACAUGCAAUAACAACAAUCCUGGCAGGCAUAUCAAUGGCAAUGCCAAUAAAUCCCUGGGUUUACGUUAUAUCGUAUAUACCGUUAGCAAUAACCGGUGGCACUUGUGCCCUGAUAACAAUGGUAUUUUGUCUGGUAUCCGAUGUGUCCGAUGAGGGUGGCAAAGCUAGACGUUUGUUCUUAGUGGAGGGCGCUUUGGGCAUCGGUACUGUGGUCGGCAACUUAGUGGCUAGUAAAAUUUUAGCUGGAACUGGAACCAUCGGCGUUUUUGGAAUCGCCACCGCACUCGACUUGUUUGCAUUACUCUAUUUGCUCAUAUUUGUUGGUGAAAGUCUGAAGUUGAAACACGAACGAAAAACAUCGAAGCUACGUGAGUUCUUCAAAUUCGAUUUAAUAAAAGAUCUAGUGAAAAGUUGUGUGAAGCGCAGACCAAACUAUGAUCGCGCCAUUAUUUGGUGUAUAAUGUUCACCUUAGUCAUCACUACUUUUGUUAUGCAGGGUGAGUCCAAUGUAUUCUAUCUGUUCUUGCGCAACAAAUUCAAUGCCAAUCUCUCGCAAUUUACCACCUACAAUGCCGUCACACUCUGCAUCAAAAUGGUUGGAUGUGGCAUUAUUUUGAUUUUAUUACGAAUACUUUUCAAGGUGUCUUUAACUAUUGUGGCGAUUAUGGGCUUAGCCGGCUGCUUUAUGGACAGUACGAUACGGGCGCUUGCCCAAAACUUUUGGCAGAUGUAUGUGGCCGCCCUAAUGGGUUUCAUGAGCGGCGUAAAUAAUCCUAUGCUGCAGGCGGUACUCGCUGGCUUAGUAGAAGCAACGGAGAUCGGCAAAAUCUACGCGGUGAUAUCUUCGCUACAAACCAUUUCACCUUUGAUAUCAGCCCCCGUAUACACGGGCAUUUACAGUGCUUCGCUGUUAACAAACCCUGGAGCCUUCUACUUUCUGAGCAGUGCCAUUUAUCUCUUGUGCUUUGUGCUCAUCAGUGGCAUGUAUGUAUUGGAACGACUUGCCGCUAGAUCUCAGAGGAGACAAAAAGCCGCUGCAGUGGAAACAUAAGUGAAAUUAUAUUAAUUAAAUAUGGCUUUGUAAUAGUUAAGAUUAUUAAAAAAAAAAACUUAAGCCAAAAAUCGCCAAUUUUGUAUCAGCCGCAGAAGCUUCGCAAAUCUAACUCUCUAUUUAGUUAGUUAAGCUUUGUAAUACCGUUUUAUUUGUUUUGAAUGUGUUACCACUAGUUGUGGCGUGGUUUAAGCCAAGUUUA